UGAUGAAUUGCUGAUUAAAAUCUAUUACCUUUUUCUAUUAGUUAAUUAAAACAAUAAUAUUUCGAAAUGGAUGUUUUCAAUAAAUUUUAUUCAUCGGUCAGCAAUACCGUGUCACAAUUGUCUGGUGUCUUACCCGGAAACCCUGUAACAAGAGAGUUUGAAGCAACACAAUUCAUUGCGAGCGCUGGCCCAGGUCUACUAUGGAAAAUAUACAAGGGAUACAAAAAGUCAACAAAACAAGAAGCAUCUAUAUUUGUGUUUGAGAAAAAGCAAUUAGACAGAUGGCAGAAGGCCGACAGAGACAUAAUGUUGGAGACUCUUAAAAGGGGUAUAAUACAGCUAACAAAACUACGACAUCCGCAGAUCUUAACUGUACAGCAUAGCCUCGAAGAGAGUCGUGAGAGCUUAGCGUUCGCCACUGAACCAGUGUUUGCGAGCUUAGCCAAUAUACUAGGCUACACGGAAAAUAUGCCUCAACCAAUACCUGGACAUUUAACCAAUUAUAAACUCUUUGAACUUGAAAUUAAAUAUGGAUUGAUGCAGAUUGCAGAAGGCUUAGCGUUCUUACAUAAUGAUGUCAAGCUACUACACAGAAAUGUGUGCCCUGAGUCAAUAAUAGUUAACCAGCAGGGUGCUUGGAAAAUAUUUGGAUUUGAUUUUUGUGUUGCGAAUCAAAACUCAGUAGGAGCGGCUCCAUAUUGGCCUUUUAAUGAGUAUUGUCAAGCUAUGCAUGCUCUCACACAGCCCUCACUAGACUACUUAGCUCCAGAAUAUAUAUUAUCAGCAUCACAUUCACCGGCAAGUGAUAUAUUUUCUCUUGGAAUGGUUAUAUACGUACUGCAUAGCACAGGCCAUCAAACUUUAGGUAAUAUUGGAACGGAUUAUAUGAAGUUCAAAAAAUUUGUAAAUGAAGUCAGAAAUUUACCACAGUCCAGAUUGUCAUGUGUAGCUGAAGGUCUACGUGAAUAUGUCAAGUUGAUGCUUAAUUCGACACCAGAAUUACGACCUGAUCCACACCAAUUUUUGAAGAUCGCUUAUUUUGAGGACGUGGGUGUGAAAACUUUGAAUUAUCUAGAUUCUUUAUUCCAAUGGGAUAACCUUCAAAAGUCUCAGUUCUACAAAGGUCUCCCACAGAUAAUUCAGAAAAUGCCACACCGUAUAUGUAUAUACCGGAUUUUGCCAUGUCUAACCAAGGAAUUUGUGAACCCUCCCAUGGUUCCCUUUGUUCUACCAAACGUAUUACUCAUAGCUGAGAACUGUUCUAAAGAGGAAUUUGUGAAACACAUCUUACCGGUUCUGAAACCAGUCAUGGUAGUUCAAGAACCCAUCCAAAUACUUCUAAUAUUUAUGCAAAAGAUGGAAUUGCUUCUGAAGUUGACACCCGGUGAUGAAAUCAAAACGGAUAUCUUGCCAAUGCUAUACAGAGCUUUGGAAUCAGAUGCUCAACAGAUACAAGAGCUGUGUUUGUCAGUUUUACCAACGUUUGCCUCAUUGAUUGAUUAUCCUGCUAUGAAGAAUGCUUUAUUACCACGUAUAAAAAAAUUGUGUAUGAGCACAAAUUUUAUUUCGGUUCGUGUAAAUAGCUUGUUGUGCAUUGGCAAACUCUUGGAGCAUUUGGACAAAUGGUUGGUGUUGGAUGAGAUAAUACCGUUUUUGCCGCAAAUACCUUCGAGGGAACCUGCUGUCUUAAUGGGCAUUUUAGGUAUAUAUAAAUUAGCUUUAAGUCAUCAAAAACUAGGGAUAACUAAGGAAGUGUUGGCCACAAAAGUGUUGCCAUUCCUCAUACCUCUAUGCGUUGAGAAUGGUUUGACUCUGACCCAGUUCAAUGCGUUGGUCACACUGGUGAAACAGAUGAUUGCCAAAGUGGAGAGCGAGCAUAGAGCUAAAUUGGAACAGCUCAACUCUAUACAGAACGAGUCCAGAGUGAUGGAGCACGCCCUCUCGGCGGACCUGGGCCCCUCCCCGCUGGCGAGCCCCGCGCCGGACGUGCGGGCGGCGCCGCUGGGCACUAGGGACGCGAGCUCCCUCAGCAUCCAGGAUAAACAGAGGAUAGCUCAAGCACAAGAAUCUGUCCGGCAGUUUGCAAACCAGCAUCAGCCGGCUCCGAUCAGGGCGCCUCCUAAGUCGUCUCCUCCCAAACCUCUCGACCUCACGUCGUCCCUCUUACAGUCUAACCUCACGCAGCUAUCCACUCAGCAGUCUCGACCUGCCGCCACGCCCGGCAGUCACUUCGCCCCCAAUUACCACAGCAGUAUGAUCAGCACCAUGGCUCACAGCACACUCGUGCUAAACCACGCCCAGGGCAUGGGUGGCGCGCCGGGUACGGGGGCGCCGCCCGGCGCUGGCUGGCCCGCGACGCCGAACUCCAAUUUCAACAACAAAUGGGUGAACAACCAGAACCCUCACACAAACACGAGACAGGACUGGUCGGCCUUCGAGUCGCUCCUCCCCGACCAGAGCACGAAUAAUAAUAAAAAAAUGGCCGACAACGAAAUGAUGGAUUUGUUGAGUUAAUAUAAAUAAAAAUGUUUAUAAAUAUAUAUGAAACGCAGAGAUAACCUGGAAUAUUACGUAUAAUAUAUUAUUAUGUAAAUUAUUAAGAUUUUUGUGUUUUCUGUUUAUUAAUUUCGAAUCAAAAUUUUCGAACUCAGACGCUGUUACCAAAACAACAGCUCAAAGUAUUUCGUAAAUAAAAAAAGGUUUGAAUCGGCCAAAUAAUAAUUCAGCGUAUUUCUGAGCGCUAGUGACGCCCAAUUAUAGCAUUCGAUCUGACAAUUCAAGCCUUAGUGUUUUUAUUUAUUACUUAUUACCUACUCAGUAUUCAUUUAAUACACUAAUUACAUCGUCACUUUUCAAGCUCGAAAAAAAAACUGCUUUCAAUUUUAUAUUAUUUUAACAAAGUUCGUUAAUAGCUACCAAAGAAAAUCGGUUGACAAGCAGAGAAGAUAAUGGGUACUUAUCUGUUAUAUAUUUUCGAGGAAAACUAAUCUACAUCUCUAUAGUACUUUAUUGAUAUUAAUAACAUUGAAAUCGGUCAAUAUCGAUAUUUAGUUAUGUAUACACUGUCGUAGUACAAAUUGUUGGGGUCGCGGUUCUUUUUUAGUUUUGUCCGUGCAAAGAUAAAACAAUAAUAAGGUCGUAAUAAAUAAAUACUAUGACGCAACAGUAUUUUCUUCUCGGUAGAUAGUCAUUGUAUGCUUUGAUUUUAUCUCUUUUAAAGGCUGUCAAUUAAUACUAAUUUUUUUUUAGUUGUCAGAAAAUAUGAAAAUAUGAAAGAAACCAGAACGUUUUUAUUUUUGUUCAAAAUUUCUUUGCCUCAAUAUCCGACGCGUUGUAUCUAAAGUGCAGCGUGCAACACUGGCAUAUCAGGUCGCACUCGGGCGUAAUCGGGCGCAAUCGGAAGUCCCGAACGCAUGCGUCACCUGACAUCAGUCAACUAUAUUCGCGCGCCGAUUUAAGUUUAACAUGAAAUCGUAAUUUGGGUAUAAUUAGUAUCGUCUAAUGCCUAGCGUCAUUUUCUCCUUUUUUAUUCUGAGUGAGAGUUUUCCGCUGAUACGGACACAUAAACCAUACCAAUCACAAAAGUAAUGAUUUGAGUAAUUACUAGUGGUAGGUCGUCUUGUGAGCCCGCAUGUGUAGAGGCAGCCGUUGUACUAUAGAACUGAUACUUUGAAGUUGGAAGUCAGUCUCUAGCCGUGAGCUCGUAUUCCCGUCUGAGCAAUAAAAAAAUGAUUGCCACUAAAGUAAGGCCAACCAGACGAGAUAAAAAAUGUCAACAAAGUUUCAGGAGUAAAAAACAUUUUUAUUUAAAUAAAUUAUUACAAAGUUCGAAUUUUAAUCGCUGUCAUCUGCACUAGACAAAGAUGAUUCGUCGGAAGAGUCCGAGUCAACUGUGUUUAUGAUAAAACUAUCUAUUGUAUUAUCAAUCAUGUUGUCAAUAUUGCUAUAAAAAUUGUCCUCGACUUUUAUAACAUGAUCCACACAAUUUCGCCAUCGACACCGAUGCCCAAAAUGCUCGCUGUUUUCCCCAUUAUACGUGUUUUGUACGGAUAUUCAUCUGUAGGCCAAGUUUGCUUCACGUAUUUGUGCACAUUAACGACCAUUCCUUUUUCAUUCGAUGUAAAAUACGUCCGCUGUAAAUAAAAUAAAAAUGGUGAGGAAUGGUAAAUUUUAGACUAUUUUCUUAUUACUUAUUAUAUAAAA